GGAAUGUUUUGGCUGCUCAACGCUUGAGUCCGUUGGGGAACGUUGGGGGUCCAAGAGUUGGGGGGUCGUCCCACGUCAGCCACCCAAUCCCCAUGGCAGCCGUGGGUGCCCUGGCACUAGCCCGAUGGCCUCGGUUGGUAGCCACCGGCCGCCCCUUUCACCUUGGGUCGCCGCCGUCCUGUGCCGGCCACAAUCGUUGGUCCAAGGUGAAGAACGUCAAGGGUCCGCGCGACGCCGCCCGCAGUCGCCUCUUCCAACGUCUCAGCCUCAUGCUGCGUAUCGCCGCUCGCGAGGGGGGUCCAGACCCAGCGCUCAAUGCCCAGCUGGCCAACGUGGUGGAGCAGUGCCGGGCGAAGAACAUGCCCAAGGCUUCCAUCGAGGCGGCCAUCCGUGGCGCGGAGAGAUCGGCGGCGGCGGCAGCCCGGCUGCUGUAUGAAGCCCGUGGCCCCGGUGGCUCGGCUCUUCUCCUGGAGGUCCUCACCGAUAAUCCCCGGCGGAGCCAGCACGAUGUCCGGGUCAUCCUCACCCGUCACGGGGGAACGCUGGCAGAAGGGGCACGACACGGCUUCGAGCAGAAAGGGGUGGUACGCGUGGGGCCACGGGACCUUCGGGGCCAGCCCGUCUCUCUGGAGGCGGCACUGGAGGCAGCGCUGGAGGCCGGGGCCCAGGACGUCUGCCCGGAUGAGGAGGAGGAGGAAGAAGAAGAGCCAGCGCUGAAGGUGGGUGAGGAGAGAAGAGUUUGCCUGGUUUCAGAGCAGAUGGGGUGGUCCUCUUGAUGCCCCGGCUGCUCUUGGCCGUUGCCUGGCCACUCUUGGCCAUUUCUGACCACCCAAGACCAUCCCUGACCACCAUUGGUUGUCCCCAGCAUUCUUGACCAUCCCUGGCCUCUCUCAGCCAUCCCUUGGCCAUCCCCAACCGCCCUUGGCCGUUCCUUGACCAUCCCCAACCACCCUUGGC